AACGGGCGAGGGUCCCCGCGGGAGGGUGGCAGGGCCAACCCGUCGCCCCGGGACGCGCCCUUCCCGGGCCCCCACUGGGCAGACCCGCUCCAGGUGACCUGGGCGGCAGGCGCGGCCGAGCGACGGGCAGGCUGACUCAGCCGCGCAGCAAUGCUGCGGAACCGGGACGGCCUGCCCCGCUGCCCCCACCACUGAGCUCGGGCCGCCCCCGCCGGCCGCGGAUCCCCGCCCCCGGGGCUGGGGAGGAAGCAGCCGGGCGCCGCGCGGAGCACCUGGGCGGCCCGGGCGGGCGCGGCUUCCGGGGCUGCGCGCUAGCCCGCCGAGCCCAGCCGCGCUCCCGCCUCCAGGUGCGGCGUGGGGUCUACCUGCUCGCCCCCUCGUCCUCCAGCUGGGGACAGCGCACCUCGGGGACGAGCCGGCGCUGAGCUGCCCAGGUUCCGCGGCCGCGUGCGAGCGAGGCGAGUCCCCGGGGUGUGUUGGCCGCGGUACGGUCCCGGGUGCGAGAACGUCGCACUUCGGGGUGGGCUGGGUACUCCGGCUGCUCUAGAUUGUGCCGCUCGGGUUGCGCUUCCCUCGAGUGGGCGUCGGAAGAGAAACCAAAGGCGCCAUUCGGCCUCCACCUGCUUGAACCCAGCACUGUACCAGGGGACCUCUUGGAGUGCGGUUACCAGGCAGCUCUUUCACCUUUAGUGUGGGAAGCAGUUCUCAUGGGAGAAUCGGUGUCCAUCUAUUAAUUGAAGUUUGAGCACAUGAACAGAAAAUAACGUUCUAAGAACUUUUGUCAGAAGUGAUAGAGGAAAAAAACAACCCAUAAUAUACAUCCUUGUGUGUGUCUCAUUGAGCAGUUUUAAAAAUACUCAGAUAGUAAUGAAGCCACCAUUAUGUCCGCAGUCAGUGAAGUAAAUGUGGACAUCCAAGAUUUCCUGAUGAGCAUCAAUUUGGAGCAGUACCUUUUACAUUUCCAGGAAUUUGGUUUUUAUACUGUGAAGGACUGCACAUCAAUAAAUGACAACGUGCUACAUCAAAUUGGAAUAUCACCUACAGGACACCGUAGGAGGAUACUUAAACAGUUGCAAAUGAUCUUUUCAAAGAUGCAAGACUUUCCAAUAUAUGCAAAUGUUUAUAAGACAAAGAACGGCAGCACCCCAAAAGAGCAACACAGUGCUCCGUCUUCCAGCAGCAACACCUGCAUAGAGUUUUCUGAUUCUGUUACUGUCCAUAGACCUGGCCCAGCACCAUCAGAGAUGGUUACAACCAAUGUCCUUAGUGAAGGAAACUGUCAUUCUUCUACAUCACAUGAUAAGCUAUCUCUUUCUUCGAGUGACCUUCCCUGUCCAGAAGAAGAGAUAUGCCAGAAUGUGGAUUCUUCGCAAGAUUAUUUAUUUGGUCGUGUAAAUGUUAAAAUAGAUUCCUUGAUUACCCAGCAGGCUGUGGAGCAUACAGCUGGAGAAGAACAAACAGAAAAAGUCAAUUUGGUGUCAGAAGAUUCUAGCAAGGCACUUAACACAAACACUGAAUGUCUUCCUUCUGUGGACCAUCCAGCAUCGGAGACACACUGUGGAAAUGGAACUAACGGUGUAUUAGAAAGCUUCCCGCCAUCCCCCUUCUUCCAGUUUCAAGGAGAGAUGGUUGUGAAUGAACUGUAUGUUCCAUCCUCACCAAUCCACAGCCCCAUGAGAAGCCGGAGCAAGUUGGUGUCCAGACCUUCUCGAUCAUUUCUGCUGAGACAUCGCCCUGUACCAGAGAUCCCAGGGUCAACAAAAUCAAUUUCAGGGAGCUAUUUCCGUGACAGAAAGAGUAUUACUACCUCAGCUGGAAAAUCUUUGACACUGAAAGAUGCAAAUGAGGAUAAUUCAACUUCCAUCUUUCCUUAUGGAGAGACAUUUCUCUUCCAGAGACUAGAAAGUUCCAAGAAGCGAUCUAUAAAGAAUGAAUUUUGGGCCCAUGAGGACACAGUUAAAGAGGAAGCAGCCACUUCAAGAAACUCUAUCCUAACCAAGUCAAGCAUAUAUGAUAGCAGGAAGGAAAAAGUGAGUGAAGACAAAGUAGAAGACAUUUGGAUACCCCGUGAAGAUAAAAAUAAUCUUCCACAGGAUUCUGCUUCUGAGUCAGAAUACUCAACAGUUGAGGAGUGCUUCCAGAGUUUAAGAAGAAAAAAUUCCAAAGCAUCUAAGUCUAGGACUCAAAAAGCCUUCUACUUGGACCCUUUUAAUAGGCACAGUUAUCCUCUAAGUUCCACAAGUGAAAAUACUGAUCCAUCAACCAUCGCAAAUGCCAUCUCUCCCUAUGCCUGCUUCUAUGGCUCUUCUGCAGCUAAAGUGAAAUCUGGAUGGCUGGACAAACUCUCUCCUCAAGGAAAACGCAUGUUUCAGAAGAGAUGGGUGAAAUUUGAUGGCCUUAGCAUUUCUUACUACAAUAAUGACAGAGAGAUGUACUCAAAGGGAAUAAUCCCCCUCACUGCCAUAUCCACAGUACGGGCCCAAGGAGACAACAAAUUUGAAAUUGUUACAACACAAAGGACUUUUGUUUUUAGAGUAGAAAAAGAAGAAGAGAGGAAUGAUUGGAUCAGUGUAUUAUUAAGUGCACUGAAGUCGCCAUCGCUUACAUCACAGUUGCAAGCAGCCGUGGCACCUGAGAAGUGUGGAUAUCUUGAAUUGAGAGGCUAUAAAGCCAAAAUUUUUACUGUGUUAAGGGGCAACAGUGUGUGGCUUUGCAAAACCGAGCAGGAUUUUAAGAGUGGACUUGGCAUUACCAUAAUUCCUAUGAAUGUUGCAAAUGUGAAGCAAAUAGAUCGAGCUGUGAAACAGUCUUUUGAGAUAAUCACUCCCUACAGGAGUUUCAGCUUCACAGCCGAUUCAGAGAAAGAAAAACAGGAAUGGAUUGAAGCUGUGCAGCAGUCAAUAGCAGAAACUCUCUCUGAUUAUGAAGUAGCUGAAAAGAUUUGGUUUAAUGAAUCCAACAGGAGCUGUGCAGAUUGUAAGGCCCCGGACCCUGACUGGGCAUCCAUCAAUCUCUGUGUCGUCAUCUGUAAGAAGUGCGCAGGACAACAUAGAUCUUUGGGACCAAAGGACUCGAAAGUUAGAAGUCUGAAAAUGGAUGCCAGUAUUUGGAGCAAUGAACUCAUCGAGCUAUUUAUUGUCAUUGGAAACAAGAGAGCAAAUGACUUUUGGGCUGGUAACCUUAAAAAAGAUGAAGAAAUACAGAUGGAUUCACCAGUGGAUAAGAGAAAAAUCUUUAUUACCCAGAAAUACAAAGAGGGAAAAUUCAGAAAGACUUUUUUAGCAUCUCUAACCAAAGAAGAGUUAAAUAAGGCUCUGUGUGCUGCAGUAGUGAAGCCAGAUGUGCUGGAAACUAUGGCUCUGCUCUUCAGUGGAGCCGAUGUCAUGUGUGCCACAGGAGACCCUGUGCACUGUACCCCCUACCUGCUGGCCAAGAAGGCUGGGCAGAGUCUGCAGAUGGAAUUUCUGUACCAUAACAAGUUCUCAGAUUUCCCUCAGUACGAUGCUCAUUCUGAGGGUGGGUCAAGUCAGGAGGCUACACAGUCCACGUUCCUCUGUGACUUCUUAUAUCAGGCCACCGCCUCUGCCUCUAGAGUCUCCACAGAGAAGAAGCUACUUGAAGAGACAAAUAAAAAAUGGUGUGUAUUGGAAGGCGGCUUCUUGAGUUACUAUGAAAAUGACAGGUGUACCACACCUAAUGGUACCAUUAACAUCAGUGAAGUUAUCUGCCUGACUGUCCAUAAAGAGGACUUCUAUUUGAAUACUGGGCCCAUCUUCAUCUUUGAAAUCUACUUACCUUCAGAACGUGUCUUUUUGUUUGGAGCUAAAACAUCUCAGAUUCAAAGAAAAUGGACAGAGACAAUAGCCAAGCGUUUUGUUCCCUUUGUUGCUGAAAACUUAACAGAAGCUGACUAUGAUCUGAUUGGUCAACUCUUCUACAAAGACUGCCAUGCUCUGGACCAGUGGAGAAAAGGCUGGUUUGCUAUGGACAAGUCUAGCUUGUGUUUUUGCCUUCAAACGCAAGAAGCUCAGGAAGAGAGGAUGCACCUAAGAAGACUACAGGAACUAACAAUCAGCACAGUGGUUCAAAAUGGAGAAAAAGUAGAUGUGUUACUCUUGGUAGAAAAAGGGAGAACACUAUACAUCCACGGGUACACCAAGUUGGAUUUCACAGUCUGGCGUAAUGCAAUUGAAAAAGCAGCAGGUACAGAUGGUAACACAUUACAAGAUCAGCAGCUCUGCAAGAAUGACGUCCCCAUUAUUGUGAACAGCUGCAUAGCAUUUGUUACACAGUAUGGAUUGGGAUGCAAAUACAUUUAUCAAAAGGAUGGUGAUCCUUUGUCUAUAAGUGAACUCCUGGAGAGUUUCAAGAAAGAUGCAAGGAGUGUUAAGUUGCGAGUUGGAAAACAUCAACUUGAAGAUGUGACAGGCGUGCUGAAGAGUUUUCUGUCUGACAUUGAUGAUGCUCUCCUCACCAAGGAGCUCUAUCCCUACUGGGUCUCCGCAUUAGAUGCACAAGAUGAAAAGCAAAGAACUGACAAGUACAGAGCCUUUAUAUGCUCUCUUCCUGGGGUCAACAGAGCAACACUGGCAGCUCUAAUUGAACACCUUUACAGGGUUCAGAAAUGCUCAGAAAUCAAUCACAUGAAUGCCCAUAACUUGGCACUGGUCUUUUCAUCCUGCUUAUUUCAAACUAAGGGACAAACUAGUGAAGAAGUGAAUGUAAUUGAAGAUCUAAUUAAUAAUUAUGUGGAAAUAUUUGAGGUUAAAGAAGACCAAGUCAAACAAAUGGACAUAGAAAAUAGCUUUAUAACCAAGUGGAAAAACACUCAAGCAUCCGUACAUUGUUUGAUGAAAUCACUGGAACGACUUAAGGUGUCCCAGGCUGGAGACUUGUUAAUCGAAGUGUUUGCAGAAAGAAAGGAACCUGACUGUAGUAUUAUAAUCCGGGUAUCUCCUGUGAUGGAAGCGGAAGAGUUAACGAAUGAUAUAUUAGCAAUAAAAAAUAUUCUUCCUACGAAAGGUGAUAUUUGGGCCACAUUUGAAGUCAUUGAAAAUGAAGAGCUAGAGCGUCCACUUCACUAUACAGAGAAUGUGUUGGAGCAGGUGCUUCAGUGGAGUUCAUUAGCUGAACCCGGUUCUGCUUAUCUUGUGGUGAAGAGGUUCUUAACCAUUGACACAAUUAAGCAGUGCAGAGAUGUGGGAACAUCCACUAUCUCAUGGCUAGACUCUCAGGACCUGCAUCCCUGAAACUGACUCUUCCAAUAGCUCCUUAGACAGAGGUAGGACUCCUUCCUCAUCUGUGCCGGGGUUUUGUCUGGUUUGUCUCUUUGGCAAGUGUUGUCCAUGCAGUACCAGCUAUGAUUGUAUGUGUUCAAAUGCAUGUUCAUGUCUAGGAAAUACUGUUUUGCUGCACACGUCCACCUUCUGCCUUUCUGUUCCACUCUGCUACUGAUCCCUGAGCCUUGAGAGGGAGGAGUGUGAUAUUGGAGUCUCAUUUGGAGCUGCACACUCUGCUGUCUCUAAUUCUCUAUACAGUGACCUACUACCAGUCUCUAUUAAUUGGCACCUUCUGCAAAAAGAAACUUCUUUGCUGAGGCUUGAGAGCUGCAUUAAUCUAUGAGCAUAAAGAUACGAACUUAAGCAAUUUAUUCCUGUGUCCAGUUAAUAUUAUCAUAAUGCUAGGUUCUGCUCUAGGGCCUUUGUAAUGCUUUCUUUUUUCUUUUAGAAGUCUGUGUCAAUUUUCAUGUUAUUCCAUUUUACAAGUGAAAACUAGAGAAGGUAAUUUGUCUCACAUUCCACAGUUAAUAAAUACUAUUUUUUAAAAAUAAAAUGGUCUAUUGUUUAAAUGUUUCAAAAAUUAAAAUUAGAAGGGGGGGUUGGUGAGAGAGCUCUGAGAUGCUGUGGACAUGCUCAGUGUGAUUGCAUACUCUGAAAUUCUCAUCAAUCAGUGAGUUAAUUUUACCAAAGUUUACUAUGAUAAUUUCUAAUUUCAUAGUACUGUUUUUUGUUUUAUUCUAUCUCAUAUUAUUUUUAUCAAAUUUAUUCUUUACUUUCUGUCAUCUAAGCAAAUGCAGACUAUUUUUAGUACAGAAUCAUAGCCUUCUACAGCAUUUAUCUUAUUUUAAAUCCAUUUACUAUCCCCAUGUUCCUUUGAACCCCAUCCUGCUCGCACCUGAUCAUGAGAAUGCAACAGACAUUCAUGUUACAGAUGGGUUUUCUCAGCUAGAAGAAAUCAUGACCCCCACCCCACCCCCACAUACAUGCACAUACUCCAGGGACAUGUAGGUCUGUGUGUAGAUCUGUCAGAGUCUCAAAAAGAAGGAGUGUAAGGAGGUAAAAGAUUCUGAAUUUAGUUUCUGGAUUCUACUAGUGAUUCUGAAAAGCACAGUGCAGGUCUGUAUAAUUUAUUUUCUAGGUUAAAUGGCACUGAUCUCAGUGUAGAACAUCAGUGGAGUAUCUUUUAGCUGUUUUUAGGUAUUGUUUUAUAUGUUUUAUUCUUUGGAAAGUGGAGCAAUGAAAAUAUGUUAGAAAAGCUUGAAUUAGCAUUUGUAGAUUAGCCUUAAAUCUUCCCAGGAUUUGUAAGAUCAUGGGUUUUAUUUCUAGACCCCUCAAAAAUUUAAAUAUCAAAGAAAAAGUAUUUUCCCUGUGAAUCAUCUCCUUUUAAUAUCAUGACACAUAUCUGGUCACUUCCCUGUUUUAAAUAGAAAUAAAUUUUCUUUUGUAUCCAGUAUUAUCCUUUCAGUGAUAAUCUUCUUAUAAUGUUGUCUAGUUAUCUAAAUACAAAGUUGUUUAAAAUUUAUACCUACAUGCAAUAUCUUAGCUGUUGAUUGAUUACUAAUGUCCUGACCAUGUAUUUAUAAAAAUACAAGGAACUAAAGGAUAAAACUUAUGAUAGGUCUUGUGCACAUUGUGAUGGGAUCUCCCAAGCAGGACGACCUUUCAUGGGUGUUCAGUUAUGCAAAAAAUCAGGAUGGUGCCGAUUUAGUUGAUUAAGAAAAACAUUAAGAAAGUCAGUGUUGUGAUUUGCUAAGCCCCAGAUAUUCCUCUGUACCAUCCUGAUGGGUUUGAAUCAGUACUGUUCCCAGGUCAUCCUCAAUAUCCCCUGUACCUACUGAGGAAUUCAACUAGAGGAGAGAAAGCAUUCCACAGGUGGUAUUUUUUAUUAUACUUUUUAUUAUUUAAAAUGACUUUUAAGUUAAAAUGUCUUGAUAGUAUUCCCCCUUUUCCCUAAGUACUUCAGAUUCUCCCAUGUUCCCUGCCCAGCAGCUGUUGGAAAACAAAGAAAAAUCCAAUAGAACAACUAGAAAAAAAACAAUCCUUGUCCCUCUACACUGUAACCAAAUAAAAGCAUGUGCAUGUGCGCGCACAGACACACACACACACACACACACACACACACACACACACACACACACACAGUGUAGUUCAUUAUAGUUAACCCCUGAACAUGGGGUCUAGCCUGGAGUCGUUGUUAUAUCCAGUGUUUCAACAUUGAAGAAAACAUAUUUCCCCUACUAGUCGAUAUAGAUGACAGUUCAAUGGUUUGUCUUGUCCUUCUUAGUAGCUGAGUUUUCAUCAAUCCAUUUUCUUUUUUCAGAAAAUUGAUUGAAACAUUCUUUCUGAGUAGAAUGUUAACAAACUUUCAUGUUAGCCUAGUAUUUCCUGUACUCAUCUUACAAGGGUGGAAGCUGCAAAAUAAAUCUCUACUUCCAAAUUGUCCCUACUUCAUUCACAAGAGAAUUGGCAACAUUCAUUCUUCCAAGGAUUAAUCUAUAUCCCACAAUGUGAAUGAGAUGCCAGAGAAACACAAUAAGUAAUCAUUUGAUGCAAUCAUUUUCUAUUAGUAGUUGUAUUCUGGGCUCCAAAUAGGAAGAAUAAACUGCUUAAAAGAAGUUACUUUUUAUUCCAUGAAUGUUCCACUGAUGUUUUAAAAGAGUUUGACUGAAACUAAGAUUUUUAAAGCAGAAUAACCUCCUUUAUUAUAGUUAUUUGUACAUGUAUUACAAGUUGGAAUUGUCUUUUUUAAAUUGGCUGUAGACAUUUUAAAAGGUCUGUUUCUUAAGUAAUGAUUUUCAGCAAUGAAUAUGUCUUUCAGUAACCUUGACUUUCUUAAUAUCUUUUAUACUAUGUGAUAGGUUAGGGGUGUGUUAGGUACUCAGACUCCUGUGUGUCUGUACUGAUCAAUAUCUCUUAAAUCAGAGUGGCAGAGUAGAAUUACUAUCCUAUUUGUGAUAUCCACUACCCCCAACAAUUUGAUUCUAAAGAAAAGUAGUGUAAGCAAAGCCAAUGUGAUUUCAAUGACAAUUUAUUAGAAAAAAACCUUCACUUAAGAAAAACUCAUUCUUAAAAGCACUGAAGGAAUGGUAAUAAAGAUCAUUUUUUCAUUCUUUUUUGAUAAAAAUCUUUUUUAUUAUACAUGACUAUAAAGUUAAUAUGUAAAUAGAUACAUAAACAUACUUCUUAAGGUUUUAAAAAUUCUUAGUGACCAAGUAGAUAUCAGC